UCUUGAAAGCACAAACAAACAGGAGGCUUAACACACCCAGAGCCAAGCCAAAGAGCAGUGUCGAAUUGCAAUAUUACCCAUUAGAAAAAACAUCUUACUGUCAGACAUUGAGGAGAUGAUGAGAUAAGGAUUUUAAGACCCGCCUUUCAUUUCCCUCUUUUCCGUCAUCAUCACUCAUGAACACAAAGGGACCGAGAGAAGCCUAUCAACUGACCUCCAAAGCUUCAAACUUCAAAGUUACAAACAAACAAUUCUUGGGUGUCUCUAAUUUUCUCUGUUGUUGAUAAUAUACAACAGAAGCUGAAGCAACCGAUGAAGAAAUCAUAUUAGCCACUUACUCCACCUUGCUUUUGAACCUCAAAUCAACAUGUCACCUGUGAUUCCAAGUUCCACGAGUAAUAUUGCACUUUCUCUUGGAACCACCUUCGCAACAACGAAGAAUAAUAGUGUAACAAGAUGCAGCAUUUUGCAGAAAUCUACCAAACGAAUAUUGACAGUACAAAAGUAUAUAUUACCGAUGUCAACUUCUGUGAGAUUGUUUCCGCAGUUCAGAAGUGGGUGUGGCUUACGUCCAAAAUCAAGGAUAGACCUAGUGUCGGCCACCGGAACUGAUCUAGCAGUGGAAGAAGCUGAUUCCCCUGUUGCAGAUCGUGAAGCCAUAGAAUCACCAUCAGGCGCUGUUGAAACCACUGAAGAAUCCUCCAUAAAAUCAGAUUCCAGUUCCACUCCUGCUCAAUCAAAACGUUCAAGACCUGUUAGGAAGAGUGAGAUGCCUCCUGUAAAGAAUGAAGAACUGGUUGCUGGUGCAACUUUUACUGGGAAAGUUAAAUCAAUCCAGCCAUUUGGUGCCUUUGUUGAUUUCGGAGCUUUCACAGAUGGCCUUGUACAUGUUUCGAGGUUGAGUGAGAGUUUUGUGAGGGAUGUUGGAAGUGUUGUUUCUCUUGGACAAGAAGUGAAGGUGAGAUUAGUUGAAGCUAACACCGAGACAGGGCGAAUAUCUCUAACCAUGCGUGAAAGUGAUGAUAUUAGUAAGCUGCAGCAACAGAAAAAUGCUCCUGCCAAUCCCGAUAAAACCAGAUCUUCCAGAAGAGGCCCUCCUAAGCCCAACCAAAGGAAAGAUGAGGUGAAGAGAAGCUCAAAAUUUGUCAAGGGGCAAGACCUUAAUGGCACAGUGAAAAACUUAACCAGAUCUGGUGCUUUUAUAUCUCUACCCGAGGGGGAGGAAGGAUUUCUUCCGACAUCUGAGGAAUCUGUUGAAGGGUUUGGAAGCAUUAUGGGAGGCUCCUCACUGCAAGUCGGUCAAGAAGUCAAUGUUCGUGUGUUGCGGAUCACUAGAGGGCAGGUAACAUUGACAAUGAAAAAAGAAGAAGAGGCUGGGGAGUUGGAUACAAAGCUCAAACAAGGUAAUGUGCAUACAGCAAUCAAUCCUUUUAUGUUGGCUUUCCGUAAGAACAAGGAUAUUGCUGCAUUUCUAGACAAGAGGGAGAAAGAGGAGGUACCAGCUGAAAAUGCAGGAAUGCCAAAUGAAGCAAUAGAAGGGAAGGUGAGUAAAACUGAAAUUGGUCUUGAUGAUCCUGGCGUGCAGGAUAAAUCGGUUAGCAGUGUUGAGGGGUUGGCCAGUGUUUCUUCUGCAGUGAAUGAAAUGGGAGAGAAUGAAACUUCUUUGAAAGAAGCAGAUGUAGGUAUCAGUACGGUUGAUGAUGCUUUGAAUGAAAACCCAGAAAGCAUAGUUUCUGAUUCUUCACAAAAUGUGGAUGGUGCACUCCAAAGUGUAGAGGAGGGGGUGGAGGUGAAUUCUGCAGUGGAUGAAAUGGGUGACAAUGAAACUUCUUUGAAAGAAGCUGAUGUAGGUAUCAGUACGGUUGACAAUACUUGGACUGCGGAAUCAGAAAGCACUGAUUCUUUGCAAAAUGUGGAUGGUGCAGUCCAAACCAUAGAGGAUGAAGCAGAAGUUAAUUCUGAAAUUUUGGCCUCUGAAGGGAGUGCAUCUACUGACGAUAAGCUAACUGAGACACCUACUCCAUUGGAUGAGGCCGUAAAUGAUGGAGAAUCUGACUUAUCUGGACAAAUAGCUGAUCAAUUUUUGUUGUCAGAAGUUACUGAGAAUCAAGCGGAUGAUGUGAUAGCAAACCAUGAAGCACAAAUUCAAACUCCUAGUGAAGAGAACGAAAUCCUUCCUGCCCCACCACUCGUUGAAGAAACAGUGGGACCUAAUGCUGAAAAAAAUGGCAGUAUCUCAAAUGAACAAAUAAAUGAUCUGCCACCCUUGGAAAGCACAACUAAAGAAAGUCAGGUCAGUGAAGUAGGGGAGAAUCAAAUUGACAGCACUGUUGUCAAUGAUGAAUUGCCGAUACAAACUCCUACAGCAGAUGGCAAAACUCCUAUCGCCACAGUAACUGAAGAAGAACAGGUUGGGCCUGCCCCAGAGAAAAUUGUCAGUGUUCCGAACUCGAAUGGACAAAGUGAUGCUCAUGCACAAAAGGAAGUUGCAGCUAAAGUUGCUAUAUCACCAGCUCUUGUGAAGCAACUGCGUGAAGAAACAGGAGCAGGAAUGAUGGACUGCAAGAAAGCUCUUACAGAAACUGGAGGUGACCUAGUUAAAGCUCAGGAAUACCUCAGAAAGAAAGGGUUAGCAAGUGCAGAUAAGAAAGCCAGUAGGGCCACGGCUGAGGGAAGAAUUGGUUCAUACAUCCACGAUAGCAGGAUUGGUGUCCUAGUAGAGAUAAAUUGCGAGACAGAUUUUGUAUCUCGGGGCGAUAUUUUUAAGGAGCUGGUCGAUGAUCUAGCCAUGCAAGUGGCCGCUUGCCCUCAAGUACAGGUUCUUGUUACAGAAGACGUUCCCCAAGAGAUUGUGGAUAAGGAAAGAGAAAUUGAAAUGCAGAAGGAAGAUCUCUUAUUAAAACCAGAGCAGAUCAGAUCCAAGAUUGUUGAAGGACGGAUCAGGAAGAGGCUCGAGGAGCUGGCCUUGCUGGAGCAGCCUUACAUUAAGAAUGAUAAAGUGGUUGUGAAGGACUGGGUGAAGCAAACCAUUGCAACUAUUGGAGAAAAUAUAAAAGUCACUAGGUUUGUGCGCUACAACCUUGGAGAAGGCUUGGAAAAGAAAAGCCAAGAUUUUGCUGCAGAGGUGGCCGCCCAAACUGCAGCCAAACCAGUGCCGGCACCAGUACAAGAGCAGCCUGCUACAGGUGAAGCGAAGGAUACUGUUGAGAAGCCAAAAGCAACAGUUUCAGCCGCAUUGGUUAAACAAUUGCGAGAAGAAACUGGAGCAGGCAUGAUGGACUGCAAGAAAGCUCUCUCUGAAACUGGAGGGGACCUCGAGAAGGCACAAGAGUACCUCAGAAAAAAGGGUCUUUCAGCUGCUGACAAAAAAUCCACUCGGCUUGCAGCUGAAGGCCGGAUUGGAUCCUACAUUCAUGACACCCGCAUUGGAGUUCUAGUUGAAGUGAAUUGCGAAACUGACUUUGUGGGUAGAAGUGAAAAGUUCAAAGAAUUGGUUGAUGAUCUAGCAAUGCAAGUCGUCGCCUACCCUCAGGUACAAUAUGUAUCCAUUGAAGACAUUCCAGAGAGCAUUAGGAACAAGGAGAAAGAACUAGAGAUGCAGAGAGAAGACCUUCUGUCCAAACCAGAAAACAUAAGAGAGAGAAUUGUUGAGGGGAGACUCUCAAAGAGGCUUGGGGAGCUUGCCCUUUUAGAGCAGCCCUUCAUAAAAAAUGAUAGUGUUCUAGUAAAGGACUUGGUAAAGCAAACUGUUGCUGCUAUUGGGGAGAACAUAAAAGUUAGGAGGUUUGUUCGAUUUACUCUUGGGGAAACAACUAAUGCAAAAGUGGAAAGUGAAGCAUGACUUGCAGAAAGCAUUACAACAGUUUCAGUGGGUGCACAGGAACAAACAAGGAGGAACCUUUUUUGAUACUUCCACAGAGGUAAUGAAAAUGGCAGUUUGUUGAGGCUCAGCUAUAUUUACAUGAAAUUUUAAACUAAUUAUUUUUGUUCUGAUCAAAGAAAUUAGUUUCAUGUUGAGUUCGGUGUUGAUAUAUGUGUUAUAUUAUCACUCCAAAAGCUACAUUUGGCACCUAAGAAUUAUUUUGUAGAGAUUUUUGGACCAUUUUAUUUAUUCAAAAUGGCUCACUGUCUGACAGAAGACUAUGGCAACUGUGAAAUGGUUUAUGGUUUUUGUUCUGAAUUAGAAAUUAUCCCAGUUAGUGAUUUAU